AUGCAUCACUGCGCGUUGUGCUCAAACGGAUUCGCGUCCAAGGCCGCAUACAAUCAACACCUGGCGAACCACGAAGAACCUGGGAAGACCCAAUGGCCGUGCCCAGUGUGCUCGUUCACGUUUAGCGACUCUUACGCGCUCGAGACACACAAAGCCCAGACUGGACACAGUGGCGAGAAAUACACUUGCGAUAAGUGCGGCAGCGUUUUCCCGACGCAAUCGAAAUUCAAGCAGCACACCCAGUUCCCCUCGCCUUGUUAUGCGGACACAUCUCGUACACUAACAAACCCAACUCAGACCUAUGGACAGGCAGGCUACAUUGAUCUGGACACGUCUACAUUAGUGCUGCGGUAUGAUAGUUCGCGAGACGCACCUAGUCGCUCCCCGACCCCAAGCGAUGUAUCCGGCGUCUAUUGCCACGAUUGCAAGCGCACUUUCACGUCCAUGGCUUUAUACAAUCGACACUGUCUCUCAUGCACAGUUCAGAAUCGGACUGCCGUCGAAAUUGGAGACACUACUGCUCGAGCAGCCGCGCGUCCACCUUUCCGAUCUCAAGCGGAACUGGGCGAGCCCAAAAUGAAUAGUCGUGCUGUCAGUGGUCAAUCCCCUCCCGUUUCUCAAUUCAUUCAGUCGCGUCCAGCGCCAACGGCACCGGUUGCACCUAUCCGUGCCGCACGUGCCCAGGCGCCUGUAGCAUCGCCCUCGGUGGGCGCUCCUCAAAAUGCUGUCAGCGGCGGUUUCGUAUGCGGUAUAAACAACUGUUCGAGGGUCUUCAGAUCAGAAGCAGGUUUGAAGCAGCAUAAGAUCGACAGUCACAGCGUGGGUGGUCGAGGCUUGGACUUGCAAGGAAGGGACUCUUGGAUGCUUCCUCAGUCUUCACGCAACCAGCUUCAAAAUCUCGGGGUUUGUCGUCCUUUAGGACCUGCUCCGAAACCAUCACGUGGAAACCGUCAUGAUGUUCCUCCGUCCAUUGUGGGUGUGGCUAGGCACGUCCAGGCACCGAUCGCUGCACGACAACCUUCGCGGAACCCAGUACAUGUGCCGUUGCCGCCAGCCGAUGCCCCGAAUGGCCUCCCUAUUGGAUCGCCAGCCGAUCUCGACCAAGCGAAUGAUAUUCAUGACAAGAUCAUGCGCAUGCUCAUCACUGCGGACAUCGCCAUCCACCAUGAUGGUAAAUUUGUCUAUGAUGGCGUAGAAUGGACCCGGAUUAGCGUUGACAGACAGAACGAGGUCGCGAGCAGGUUUGAUGAGCUUGUACAUCUGAAGAGGCUUAGCAAGCAAGGUCAAGCAAGGCAGCACGUCACGCGUCCUAUAGCCUUUCAAGGAGAGUCCGUCGGCGACUACCUGGGCUCAGAAUUCGAACAACUUCCUGAUCCCUGGGACGGAAGCGUCAAUGUCAUCGUGCUGUGCUGCAGUAAGGUCUUGUUGGAGAACCAAUGCGAGGAAGUAGCCAAGAUAGCUGCAGUGGACGUUCUCACCGGUCGUCCACUGAUGAGUUAUCUCGUCUGCACGAGCGCUACAGAGAAGGUCCGAGACUGGCGCGCAUCACUUACCGGUCUCUCGAGCUUCCAAGAUUUUGAAGCUGCUCGCGCUCAGAAGUUCAAGAUCCUCAAAGGGUGGACGGCGGCUCGCGCUGCACUGGGCAAAUUCGUUGAUCAAAAUACGAUCUUCCUCGGUUGCAAUUUGCGUGGCGAUCUUGAUGCGCUCCGAAUCAGGCAUGGACGGUGCGUCGAUCUGAUCAAGGUUAUCGAGAAAGCCGCAGAGAAUCGCCCGUUGUCGAAAGGGCAGCUCCAUCUUGAGGCCCUUUUGCGCGAUCUUCUUGAAAAGCGUCUCCCAACCGACUAUUUUGGACGUGACUGCCUACAAGACGCCUUUGCUGUGCGGGAGCUUGCUCUGUUCUCCAUCAAGCACAACGAGAAAUUCGUGAGGUAUGUGAGGGACAAAGUACGCGAGUAUGGGUUGCUCAAUCCUACUCGGCAGUGA